AUGUUAAUUAUGAACACAAUGGUUUGUAGUGCAAACAGUUUUAUAGUUUAGGCUGCUGCACGUCGUUAUUCUCCUCGUUAUUUACCUGUAGAGGCUAUUGAAUCGGAAGUCUCACCUAUAGGCUUACUUCCGCGUUGAAAAAAAUAAGGUGUAUAUAAACACACACUGAACACACACCAUCACCAGUCGGAGCCUUUAACUCAAGGUGUUUAUCUUCAGCAACAGCGGCUCUGUCUUAUUACAAACAUGGGCAACUAUUUCACUAUGAUUUUCUCUCGACCCUUUCCGAAAAAUCAGAUUAAGUUGCUUAUGGUUGGUCUGGAUGCAGCAGGGAAAACAACAGUGCUCUACAAACUCAAACUCGGUGAAGUUGUCACAACUAUUCCAACUAUUGGUUUUAAUGUUGAAACGGUUGAAUAUAAAAACAUCUCCUUCGCUGUUUGGGAUGUUGGCGGUCAGUCCAAAAUCAGAGGUCUUUGGAAAUAUUAUUAUCAGUACACUGAGGGCCUGAUCUUUGUGGUGGACAGCAGUGAUCAUGACCGGAUUGAAACAGCAGCAGAGGAACUAAAGGCGAUGCUGGCGGAGGACGAGAUGAGAGACGCGGUUCUGUUAGUUCUUGCUAACAAGCAGGAUUUACCCAAAGCCAUGCCGGUCCACGAGCUGACAGACAGACUGGGUUUACACACACUGAGAGGACGACAGUGGUUUGUUCAGGCCACAUGUGCGGUUCAAGGGUCAGGUUUAUAUGAAGGACUGGACUGGCUCUCAGAUCAACUGUCCAGACGAUAAAACACUGCAGCGUUCAAACUACGUGAAGAAAGGACACUAAAUCAGAACUGAAUGUAGUCUAUAGUCUAGGCCUAUUUUUGUCUCAGAUGUACGUUUGCCUUCAUUAUGUGCCUUUUUAAAUUCACCAGAUUGUCUGUGAAUUUAUAAAUUAUGCACUACUACUGUACUGUGUACUAUUAUUUUAUUUAUCUAUUACUGUAUUUAAUGUCCUGUUAAUUUAAUGCUAUAAAAGACAUGCUGUUAUAUGUCACGUUUUAUUUAUAACAAACUGAACAAACUGAUGUCUGCCUGAAAUAUAUGUAUCGGUGCCUUUCAAAUAUCUCCAAUAAAUGA